UAUUGAAAUUUGGGCUGCAACGUGGCUGAUUUACACACGAUGUCAGUUAGUGAAAGUGAAAUGAAAUAUUAGUUUGAAAUUUUCCCUGGUUUCCUUAGCGCAAAUCUUGCCCCAACAAAAUAAAAGUUGGUGCCUAAAAAGGAACAUCGGUGAAAGAACAAAUCCACUACGGAAAGUGACGUUAUUUGUCAACGAGCCUCCACUGUAUGGUCGAAAGUAAACAACAAUGUCGACGAAGCUGAGCAACGGCGGGCAGCCGGGAACUAACACCAAUGCCGGCAUGACCACUACCAACAACAGCACCAACGACUCGCCCGACGUGCAGGUGACCGUUAAGGAUCUGCCGAUCUCGUUUAAGGUGAAAUACCUUGGCAGUCAACCUGCAACGGGACUUUGGGGAAUCAAACAUACGAGGCUCCCAGUUGACCAUCUAGUCAGUGUGGCCAAAAAUCUUCCACCGAACCGAAUUCUUCCAUUUUGCAAUCUUACGGUGUCGCUCGACGGCGUGAAAAUCGAAUCGAUCACCUCGAAGCUGACGUCGGUGUCCAAUUUUACGAUCGAUACCAUAUCGUACGGCGUGCAGGAUCUCGUCUAUACGCGAGUAUUUGCAAUGAUCGUUGUUAAGGAAAACUACAAUCUGAAAGAGAAGAAUCCCUUCGAUGUACACGCAUUCGUGUGUGACAGUAGGGCGAUGGCACGAAAAUUAACUUUCGCGUUGGCUGCAUCCUUCCAGGACUACUCGAAGCGGGUAAAGGAAUCGGAAGAAGAGAACGGUGGCAGUGGCGUAGACUCAGAAAAAUCCCUACGGAAGAAGUUUGCCAUCGACCUGCGCACGCCGGAGGAAAUGCAGCAGGACAUAACGGAACAAGAGACGGAAGCGUGAUGCAUUUUUUAAGAGCAAGUUUUGUGUUUUGAACUAGUUUUUAUUCAACGGAAACGGUUGUGAUAAGCAAUCGGGUAAGCGAAAGAGUGCGGUAAACUGCAAGCAACAACAUACCAAUAGAACAUAAGACACGCGGGGACCGACCCGAGUGCAAAACCUAGUCCUUACACUAAUGACUAUGUACAGUCAUUUAUGCUAAUGAUUGCAUCGUUCAGUGAUGAGCGGGAAGAUGGUACUUACCGAAGACGAUACCAAGCUUGGCCCAUUUCAUUGUUCGUCAAAUUUCAAAACUAAUUUUUAUCGCAAUCGGUCAAGAAAUACUACUUAAGGCAAAGCGAAAGAGGCGACCAUGUGAACCUCCAUCACAUGUCAUAUAGAAUCAAACAAUUGAGCAAUGUUAUAUAGGUUAAUAAGUUGAGUGUAAAUGGAAGAAGGAAUCUUCCAGCUGCUUUUCAGAGCUAUAGUUCAUAGUAAUUUUAUUCCAUUAAAACACGCGUGCAUGUU